GACGCGUUUGGGAUCCUUCGACAAACAUGUGGUUCAAGCUAAGGGCCCGGAAAAGGAGCAGGAUCUACGAGUUCCUCUUCUUGGAGAAGCGUCCUGCGAGGGGCACCGACAUCGAGUACAUGCGCCGCAAGGAACACAUGCUGGCGCUGCUAGACAACUAUUACGGCGCCACGCGCCUGAACGCGAAGAACUUCUUGGACCGACUGGAGUUAUUGUACUUUGUCGAAUCCGAGCCGGUCUUGAGGCUUGAGAGUUACGGUGCCUUGAUCGACGUCGACGUAGAGUCCCUCACCGGUGUUGUCUUCGACACCGGUGCACCUGAGGAGGAUAGCGACACCGAGGAAAUUGACAUCGACUACCGCCUUGCUCCGGUGCUCCCAUCCCCGGCCUCCUCGUCGGCGAGUCCCUCAACAAACCAGCCUGCACAAGCGACGCCCGUGCGGAGGACCCCUAGUAAGCUGUUAGCGAGAUUGACACCUCGGCCUGCUGCGCCUCCUCCUUUGCGUCCAUGGUGUCAAGUCCCCCUGCAACAUCCUUCUCGGAAGGAUGAGAACAUCCACUUCAAAGGGCACGACCACACGCGUUCCACGGAGGCAGACUGGGGUCAUGUCAUGAUUUGGCACCCGGGGACGAUCCAGCCCCCAAUUCGGAAGGGGGAGUGGGUCAUGGCCAUAGUCGACACUGACGGGGAAUGGAAGCCGUCCGAGCGCCUGGCCAAGUCCGACUACUUGGAUACCGAGAGGAGUGCUGUGGUGGACAAAGUGACGUUAGAGAACAGCAACCUGCAGCCCGCCGACCCGGCCAUAAUUGCCACUGCUGAUCGCUUGUUCCGGGAACUUCAUGACAAGCAGUGGUUGGAACUAUCUGACGAUUUCGACGACCUUGAGACGAGCCCUUCGAAGAAAAAGGUGAACUGGAAAGUACCCCCUGGCCACGAGGAAGGAGGUGGCGGAGGCAGUGGCCAUACGACAUCAGGGGGAAGCGCGCCGGCAUCAUCGCCUGCCCCUGUCGGUCAGGGCAGGAUCGCGCACAGCGGCGUGGGGGAAAGGGGGGUGAACGUCACACACUCCCCAAGAGCAGGGAGCGGCAAUUCGGGGAAGUUCGCCCGCAUCCGAACUUCGCACACGGAGGACCCUGUGCCCGUGGAGGCAGCGAAGUGGGCCGGCAUCCGCACUUCAACGAUUCUGGAGCAGGCGGCCCGUCCCUCGUGGACUGCUUUCGGGUCCUCCGGUGAAGUGGGGCGGGGCUCAUGUGCAGGGGAUCCUGUCUGCGCCGUGAAGGGCAAGUCCGCUGGCAUCCCUACCAAGGCGGACGACGUUCAGGCGAGUGCACUGGUCCAGUGGAGCUCUACAAGAGCACAGGCGUCGGAGAUGGGCGCCGCCCUGGCUAUGCGGGAGGCGAUGCUGUCGGCCCUUGGACAAGGCCGAUCUGCGGAGUCACAGAGAGAGAUUGUUGGUGCAGCGCCCUCCGCCUUCCUUGCAACGAAGUCCGCCGGUAUCCGUACCUCGUCCAUGACGUGCCUGCAGUCGGAGGAGGCAAGGACGAAGGAAGGUGGUACGUCUGCUCAUACAGACGACCGCUCCUUGGGAUACGCCUUGAUGCGGCUGCAAGGAGCCGAGUCGCGUAAGACUGACGGCGGGGAAGAAUGGGUGCAAGUCGAGGGCGGGGAAGAAGAGGGAGAAUGGGAGGAGGGGGAAAAAGGAGACAAAGGGCGAGAGAAGGAGUGGAUUACAUUGCGCGACGGGGAAGACGGUGAAGAAGGAGGACUCUGUAUUACAGACGAGGAAAGGGUGGAUGUCGGAGACGAGGAUGUCUGUGGGGAGACGUCUAAUUCAUUCGGUCUGGUGUACGCCAGACCAGGUGAAGGUGAUAUCGAUGACGACGCGACGAAGAUGGAUAUGGAGACGCAGGUGCUACAACCAGCAGGUCAGGUCGCAGAACCCGGUUUGAUCUUGUCACUGGAACUGCGAAAACCGCCAGAAAAACGGUAAUACGGAAGGUCUGUUCCGAAGUCCGCCGGCAUCCGAACUACAAGUGACGGCGCGAGGUGGAGCAUGCCCCGU